UGUAAGCAAUAAAUUUUUGAAAAUUUUAUCAGAAUCGCAUCUGGAUGUUAGUUUCGCUUUUCACAUUUUUUAUCACUUUAUUUUGGUUUAUUGCAACAAAAAUUGAUCCAACCGAUCCAGAAAUAUAUCAUUAAUAUCGUUUAAAGGCAUAAAAGUAUUAUAUUUAAGAAUUUACAUAGAGCAAAAUAUCAAACUAAGUUGAAUUGCUAUUGUAAAAUUUGUUUAGCUUUUGUAAAAGCCCCCUCAAAACAUUGUAAAUCUUGCAAUCGAUGUACUGAUCAAUUCGAUCAUCAUUGUAUUUGGUUAAACAAUUGUAUUGGAACACAAAAUUACAAAUAUUUUUUUAUCUUAAUAGUUUUAUUAGAAUUGUAUCUAAUUACUGUAUUAAUACUCUCAAUUAUGAUUAAAUCAAUACUUAGUUAUAUUGAAAUUGGUUUUACAUUUUUGUUAUUGAUACCUAUCACAUUUUUAUUAGCAAUGCAUAUAUAUUUUCGAUUUAAGGGAAUAACAACUUAUGAAUAUAUAUUAAUGAAAAGAAAAAAAGCAGAAAAACCAUCUACUGAGAAGCUAGAUGAAAAAUUGAAAGAGAAUACUUCCAAUUUAACAAAUGUUUAAACAAAUAUCCUUUCAAGAAACUAUAUGUAAUAGACAAAUCUUAAUCCAUUAAAUAAUAAUUAGAAAUCUUAAAACAACAAAUAACCAAUAGAUUGGGAUCAGGAGGAUGCAGAUGUUGAAGAUGCUCAAAGUUUUCAUGCCAAGGAACCUUUACCAUUAUCAAGUCAGAAAAGUAGUGGUAGACAAUUAGAUUUAUAAUGUAAUUCUACUAAUAGAAGAACUUGUCCCACUACUCAUAGGUAUUGAAUUUGUUAAUAAUUUUAGAGGGAAUACAUCAGGAGUAUAAUUAACAGAACAUAAACCCAUAAAAUCUUUGUUUAAUGUUAAAGAUGUCCAAAAUUUAUAUGAAGAUCAUAUGAUCAAUAAUGUAAAUGAAGAUUCUAUCAUCCAAUUUGAUUCGAAAAACUCAUAAAAAACUGAUUAAUUAGAUAUAAAUAUAUGA